GAAAAUCAAGGUAAAAAGUGUUUUAAUAAAAGCUAAAAUUGUAAAUAUUAUUUUUACGAUUGUAUGUGAUGAUCAUAUGAGGGAAUUCCCCUUUACGUAACAGCGGAUUAUAUAACAUUGUCAAUAUGUGUCACCAAUGUUUAUAAUCGCUUAUAUUCUUCGUUGACAACUGUAUUUGACUGCCAGAGCAGAUUCAAAAUGAGCAUUUACCAGAAAACAGCGUUUUUUAUUAAAGGACGUCUUCAAUUCACAAAUGGUGGAUAUGCAAAGGCAGCAAAAUCCUUUCACCCUGAAGACACUAAAAAAGAUGUAAGUGACCAGGUUUUCAUGGUCACUGGGGCAAAUAGUGGUUUAGGAAAAGCUGCUGCAAUUGCUAUUGCUAAAAACGGUGGAGAAGUUCACAUGGUGUGUAGAAAUUUGGAGCGUGCAAAUCAAGCAAAGGAAGAUAUAGUCAAAGAAAGUGGAAAUUCUAACAUAACAGUUCAUGUGCUCGAUAUUUCCAAUACAAAAGAAGUUUACGAAUUCGCCAAGAAUUUUUCUUCAAACCAUGAAAAACUCAAUGUUCUUGUAAACAAUGCUGGCUGUAUGGUCAAUGAUAGAAAAACUACUGAGGUUGGAAACCUUGAGCUUAAUUUUGCCACUAACACAGUGGGGACUUAUGUACUGACACAAGAACUGGUACCCCUGCUUUUAAAAUCUACUAAGCCAAGAGUUAUAACAGUUAGUUCUGGGGGAAUGUACACUCAAAAACUGAAUGUUAAAGAUCUUCAAUCUGAAAAAGGAACGUUUUCUGGAGACAUGGCGUAUGCACAACAAAAACGGCAACAGGUUAUACUGACUGAGGAAUGGGCCAAAAUGCACCCUGAUAUUCAUUUUUCUGCCAUGCACCCUGGUUGGGCUGAUACUCCAGCUGUGAGAACAUCAAUGCCUGGGUUUUAUGAAUAUAUGAAGGAUAAUCUAAGAACUGCAGAACAAGGUGCUGAUACUAUAGUUUGGCUUAGUGUUUCUGACGCAGCUCUAGCCCAACCUAGUGGCUUGUUCUUUUUAGACCGCAAGGCAGUCCCUACACACCUGGCUCUAGCAUGGACACGCGAAUCAGCAGAAGAUAGAAACACCUUUCUGACAAAAAUCGCUGAAAUUGCUAACCAGUUUAAACCAUAAUGCAUAUAAAUAGAAAUCGUUUUUUUCUCAUAUUGAAAAUAUAUUUAGCAAAUUUGUA